CAGGGGGAUAACCAUACAAGUGAACAAUGUGAACUCGAUACUCUAAUGACAUAUUGUUUGUCUGUAAUCAAGAGAGAACACCAAAUUUAACUCAAACAAAUGCUGCAGAGCAUUAUCAGCAUCCUUGUUUGAUCGUAUCAGGUUCGGGAAAGGAUUCAAAGAGCUUCCAGGGGGGCGCAUGCGCUAAAUUUGAUUCUUGGGAGCAUAGAGAGAGAGUGCCGAGCUCUGUUGUUUCGAAGAAUAAUGAAGAAGUGAAUGAGAGCAAGGGGAAUUCAUAUUGGAGCGCAUGUCAUCGACUGUGAGAAAAACUGGGCUUUCACUGCCAAAGUGCCGCGUAGGGGUACCAGGAAUUUCUAGGUUCUGUCAGAUUAGAGUUUGCAUUCAGUGGUAGUGCGUCAUCCGGGUCGAAAUUUAUACGGGGCAUCGUUGUUCAAAGCGAGAGUGAUAGUGUCCAAACAACAAAGGUGUUUUGUUGCAAAGAAAACAUCCACCAACUACAACGAGGAUGUGCACUCUCUGUGUUCGAUAGUUCCGUGACAGUUGAUGCGAUUGCAGCUGCAUUCGUUGGUCCAGAACAAGCGAUAGUAUGAUUGAUUGCAGUGGUGGAUUGAAGUAAUUUUCACUCCGGUUUGGAAACUUUGCUGCAAUUUGUUUGCGGUACAUCAUGGAUUGAUGAUAUGAGUGUUUUUUGUGUAUUGCACCCAUCUGAAUAGGAUAAAUGUUAGUGAGCUGUAUUUCGUGCUUCGGAAAUAUCGGAUUAUCCCAUGUUUGACCCGGUGAAGAAUAAUAGUUGUGGUGUGAUUCGUGAAUAAGGUGAUUCGGUUCGGCAAAGAGCAACAUUGAAUAUGAAAAUAAAUAGAAAAUGCCCUUGAGAGAAGCCUGCGUAUGAGAAAUAUGAUUUUGGCCAUGGUUAUACGAAAGCACUUGUGGCGAUUAUGAAUGUUCUCGUGUAUUUAUAAGCAGAUGAACAUAAGGAGGAUAACACAGUUCGAAUUAUGUACAAAGAUAAUUAAAAUUUCGCAUUUAGCUAUAGAGAAAACAAGUAAAGUGAAAUCAAAUAAACAUCAAGAGUGUUAUUGAGCAGUUUAUGCAUCAUAAGUGUUUAAAUAAGAAGAACCACAAGAAGUGAAAAUUAUGUAUAUCGUUGUUGUGUUAGCGGUACAUGGAGUACAUUUGCAAUUCGUUACAUAAUCCGUUGCAUCCAGUGAUACAGAGAGGAGAGUACAGUGAGAUUCGCCAGUGAGAUAUGCAAGAAAUGAAACAAAUCGAUUAAAAAUAGACAACGUACAUACAGAUAAUCCAAAUCUGUCUUCAUCAAGUAUUCGAUCCGAUCACAUAGAAUUACCAGCCAAGCUAGCCGCUCUUGCACAUUGGAUAUAUGUGCUUCUAGCUAACCGAUAGCUAAUUUGAUUCUAGAGUUCCAGUAUUCAGCCACAAUUUUAGAUCGAACAGUUGCGUGAACGUUAUUGGGAGGUGUAAAAGCAGCCGAUAAUUAAUUAUAAAUGUCAUAUUUUAAUUACACAAAUCACGCCAACAGCGAAUAGGACACAAACAUCGCUCUAUCCAAAUACACAAAAAAUAGCUUACACAGAGAAGCCAUUUCGCUAAAAUGUAAAAAAAAAACAUAACGUAUAAGCUAAAAACAUAACACGUGAAAAGCAAAUUUGUCAACAAGCCAUCAAACAAACCAGAUUGGAUGCAAUAAAACAAUAGCGUCGAAAGUGGUAGACGAAGAAGGGAAGAGAGCAUAUUUCCUGGAAAACAGUCAGACGGACUUGGAGAAUCAGUUUGGGAAAAAAAAUCAUACCAGUGCCAUAGCAUGAAAUGAAAACGUUCCAUUCCUCUGCGCCAAAUUGCCGCUGUUAGUUCGAUGUCUGGCACCCGAUGUGGAGACCCUUGCUCCUGGUUAUUACAAAUUUUAUGCAAACUCAGAGCUCGGAGGCAGUGCUGUGACGAGGUUCGUGUGGCAUAAGGCCAUACAGAUUGGUUAAAAAUAGCUACCAGCAUUCCAUUGACAGUGCUUCUAUCAACGAGGGACCGAACCAGAUUUUCCAAUUUAGAGAAAUAAAAGAGCUAGGAAUUAUAACGUUAUACCUCUUUCGUUUAUCCUUUGCGUUAGCCUGCCGCAGAGGAGGAAACGCUCGGCCGUGUAAAAAUAUAAUAAAAAAGCACCAUCAUUGCUUAACCGUCGUCAUCACCGGGUUGUACGGGUGAAUUGACAUUCCUGUUGUAAAUAAAUGUUUCCGUUGCUGUCAUCACCGUUACGAGGAAACACCUUCAUGUUGUUACAGUGAAAAAGUGUCCUCUUGAGGAAAAAAAAAGACAGAAGAGGUCCGCCGAAUCGAGGAUGAUGCCAUAACAUCUGAAAAUGAAUUAGUAACAUAAAAUUGAACGGGUGUUUUCUCCCCGUAGAAACCAAAAUACAACAGAAAUUGGUGGUCCCGUCACGAAAAAGGUUGCUCGGCGGCCUAGAUUUUAUGAAAAAUUGACAAACUGCUGCAUCCUUCCCGCUGUCUCCCAUCAACCAACUAUCAUCGAUCACACCACACGUACGAAAGAGAAAGAGAUUCUCGUGGGAAAGUGCGAUGUCCGCGUUGAAUCAACAUAACAACAUGUGCCACUCCAAUGUAAUAUUCAUCAUACUUUUUAUUUUUAACGAUUACGUCACCGGCGAUAUCAGUACGUCAUUAGCGCUGAACAAACUCAAUUCUGGUGGAACAUUUUUCGCUGGACCAUAUUUAGACGGGAGCGGAGUUAGCAAUGUAACUACACAGAUAGGAACACAUGCAUAUCUGCCGUGCAAGGUGAAACAGCUGGGGAACAAAUCCGUGUCGUGGGUACGAGUGAGAGACGACCACAUCCUCACCGUGGACAGAAUGACAUUUAUAGCCGACGAGCGCUUUCAAUCAUUCUACGUGGAGAACAGUGGCGUUUGGACGCUGCAGAUCAAAUACGUGCAGGCCCGAGAUGCCGGAAUAUACGAGUGUCAGGUGUCGACCGAGCCGAAAAUAAGUGCUAGAGUGCAUCUACACGUUGUUGUGCCAAGAACCGAGCUUAUUGGAGAUUCCGACCGGUACGUGAAGGCGGGGAGUGCCGUCACAUUGCGCUGCGUAGUCCGUGGUGCCCUCGAGCCGCCAUCCUAUAUCAUUUGGUAUCACGGCACCCAGCAGAUUUUCACCGAAAACCGACGAGGCUGGAAAACGCAGCUAGAUCGUGGUGCACCGGACCUUGAUGGUGACAUCCACAGCACUAUUGGCUCAUUGAUGAUCGAAUCGACUAGGAAAAAAGAUUCCGGGAACUACUCGUGCAGCCCAUCGAACAGUCCACCGAUCACCGUAUCGCUGCAUGUCAUCAACGGUGAAUCAUCCGCAUCGGCCGUCACAUCAUCCGCUGGAUCCCUCUUUGUUGACAGUAUAUCAAUGGUUAAACAGAGGAACAUCUAUAUUUUACUGCAGCAUAGGUCAUUCGUUGUGCUACUCGUUUUAGUUAUCUACGCCCAGCUUAGCUGUCGCAUGUUCUAGUUGAGAGAAUUUAUCUAAGUUAAUAAAUUUGCGAAUCAUACACAAACAUACCGGAGAGAACACUGGAAAAACGAGGAAUGCAUACAGCCACAAUGUGUAUAGAGAGGUGAGUUUGAUACGAUCCUGGACAUUUGCUCACAACAUACAUCGACUGAAUAUUUCGAACUACCGUAUGAGAGAAACGUUCGUUCCCCUCAACGUUAUCAUCUAUCGCCCAUCGCCGUUUUUGGCAGUAAAAAGUCACAAUUGAGUAAACAACAAAACCAAAUAAUAAAAAAUGGAGCUUUACGCUACAGAGAAAAAAAAAUAUACUGAAACAUGAACUCGAUCGAAAUAAUCCAACUGCCGUUCUGUUGUAAUCACAUAACCGAAAUCAAAGCAGGCUGUGAAUGUGCAAUGUGGGUGUGUGGGUGAAUCUAGCACCACCCCUCUCAUGCAAGCAAUCGGCACGAGAGAAGCCUUCUUUGAUUCUAGUCCGGUGAUUAUUGCGUGCCGCAGUCCAAUGCAAAAAAGUGUGUAUACUGGAAUAUUUAUCGAUUAUUACCGACACUGAAUUUCACGGCGUGGACAAUAAAUUGUAAGUCUUGCUUUUAUGGUUCUGUGCUGAUUUCUGUUAUACCGGCGGCCUAUACGAUGAUGUUUCUCAUUCCCCUCACCCCCGCCAUUGCCAGCCACAACGUUUUGUAUGACAUAACUGCGGAGGCAUUGAAGAGGAAAGAAUCGAACGCAUGGGUAGGCUCACGAUCUAUGAACUAUGAACUCUCCUGGCCAGUGUAUAAAAAAAUUAUGGGUGUGUGGAUGUUUAGUUUGAACAAGCAAUUCUGUGGGAUAUCAGUCACCGGGGGGAGUUGGAGGUUACCAGGGGAAGUAGAAUCGGGGGUUUGAGUUAUGGGUGUAUCGAUGGGUACAAAUAGAGCUCUCUCUGUUGCCUAAUGGUGCUUAUCGUGAGAAAAAUGGUUUGAUUUCGCAUCUUGCAGUGUUGUAAUGCUUGGUUAGAUUCAGUAGCGUGAGUAAGACUGCGUUAUCAAACGUCUGACUACAGAAUUGUUAAAAAAAAAGCAGUCGGGAGGGAAUGAACUGUUCAAUGAUAUGAGUAAUAUACAUCUUCAAAUUGUUUGUUUUUGCAUAUGUAUCCGUUAUCAACUCUCAUCUACAUGUCGCUUGAUUACAUACACUCUGUCCAACUUCUAUAAGACCAGGUGAUGAUCUUGCUGCUUUGUGUCAUUGUAAACGAGCAAAGUUCAAUUUAUUUUUUAGUGUAAUUGUACUGGUAACUAUCAUACACUGCAUGAUUUACAUAUGUGCGUAUGCAAGCGUUGAGUGUAAACAAACGUUUUUGUACUUUUCAAGUGUCAAGUUUCUAUAAGACCAGUUACGUUUUCCGUUUUUUUUUAUAUCUGUAUUAUAGUGAUUUUCAACUCAUUUGGAUGGUUCGUAACUUUUACUUCCAUUUUUGGAAGAAUGUCGGGAAGUGAGAAUUGAACUCGUGACCUUUAGCGUGAGAGGCAUGGAUGUUACCACUACGCCAGAUCGCCUCCACACGUUUUCCGUUGUUUUUAGUUAGUUUGAUUAAUAAAUCUGGAAAACACCGAAAUAAAAGUGUUCACGGAUAGAGAAAAAGGACAAAUCGAUGCCAUUUCACCAAGAAAAUGUUGGAAUUAGAGAAAAUGCUCGUCGGAUUGGACGAUCCAAUCCUCAAGGAUACGGUAAAAAGAAGAGAGCUCCACGUAAAUCAAAGCUCUUAGACCGGGAUAAACGGAAAAUAAUUAUAACAGCUUCGAAUACUUCAAAAUCGCUUAUGCAAAUAAAGCAAUCUUUAAAUUUAAAUGUUUCACGGGAGACAAUUCGUCAAUUUUUGAUAAAAAGUCCCUACAUGAAGAGGGCUAAAAAGGUUGAAACUUUUAAUCUUACAUCAUCUCACAUCGAAAGACGUCUGAGUUUUGCCAAAGCUCACAUGAAUCAACAGUGUAACAUGGCAUAUCAUGACAAAGUACGUUUUCAAAAGAAUACAUUUGUCUAUAUACCAUAACAAAAAGUUCUUCAAUUAUUAUUUUUUUACUUUUAACUUUGCUAGAUUAUCUUCAGUGGCGAAAAAAGGUCCAUUUUGGAUGGUCCUUAUGGUUUCAACGGGUACUGGUGUGAUUUACGGAAAAAGGAACAGUAUUUUUCAACCAGGAAUUUUGGUGGAGGCUCGUGCAUGGUUUGGGUGGGAUUCUGUACAACUGGAAAACUCAAGAUAGCAUUCACAUCAUUCAAGGAUUACAUACAUGUUCUGAAACCCUCUAUACUACCGUUUUUACGUGGAUAUCGUCACAAAAAAUUCACAUUCCAGCAAAAAAAUGCUACUAUUCAAACCAACAAGGAAACUAAGCAGUGGAUUAGGGAUCAAAAACUCAAUUUUUUUGACUGACUGGCUCGGUCUCCAGACUUGAAACCUGUUGAAAAUCGUAGAGGGAUCCUUGUACGUAAAAUCUACAAUGAAGGAAAGCGAUACAUCACGAUUGAAGAGCUUAAGGUCGCAAUUUCGGAAAAAUGCAAAAAUAUCGAGAAAUCCGUUUCACAAAACUUGGUAAAUCGUAUUCCAACACGAAUUUUCAAGGUUAUCAGUCGAAAUGGCAAGGGUGCCAAUUAUUGACAUGUAAAUCAGCUGAUCGUUUUGAGUUCUUCAUUGAUAAUACUUAUGAAUUUUGAAAUGGUCUUAUACACUCUUAGUAUAUAUGACGAUUUUUUUGGUAAAUAUUACCAAUGAUUAGUCAGUUCGUACAUAUUACGCGAUAACAAUGGUAAACAAAUGUCAAAUCAGCCAGUAUAACCCAGUAUAAGAUGUCGGUUCAACGUUGGUUCAAUAUAAGUUACAGUUCAAGGACUUCGGGGUGGCUUUUUAAAACGCUUGUGGUUAGCUUGAAUAGCCAAAUUACACUUAAAUAUAUUUAUUUCUGUUUCAAUUACAAAGGCCUCGAUACAAAGUUAUGUUCCCUAGCUUAGUUAAAAAUAAAUAACGCCGGUUUCUGAUGCUGCAUGUUGUCGAUUCGCAGGCUUCGCUUCGCUGUUCGCUCAUUCCGCUAUGGUUGGCUAUGGAUGGCAUAAACAUGCAGUUCCGUUGAUUCUCCUGUGAAAAAAAAAUCGAUAUUAUCAUCUGAAUCAUACUAGUAGUCGGACUCACUGGUUUAAUUUGUUGGCAAAUAAACAUUAAUUUUGGGACCGCAGGAACGUUGAAACGCAGCUAUUUGAUACCAUCGGUAGAAAAGUUCAGAGUCAGGAUUUCCGAAGAAUCCUCCAACAUCAACACCACAAAAGUUAAUUCCAGCUACCGACAGCGACAUUUUGAUCGAUGCUUGCAUAUGAUCUCCAUCAGCCGUCCAAACGUCGAAUAUGUACGUAGGUUUCCUGUAAUAAAUCUUCCUUUAAUACAUGAUUGAAAAUAAUUCAAAAUCAUUUACCUUCAUGUUGUUGCUAUCCGCACGGUGAAAUUAGAAAUGAUGUCACUUCAUUCUUUUCGCGGUUGCCAGAAUGACAAUCGUCAAAUUUACGAGCACCGUGUAGUAAAAUGUACCAAUCGUUGGUAGUGAUGUGUAUUGCAUCUGACAUAUAUUUUACACAUGGUUAGUAAUAUGUACAAAAAAUAUGUACAUUCUACCAAUGUUUGCAUUACUAAAGAUUUGGUAGCUUAUUUUCGUAAUGGAUUUUCUGGGUGUAGAAACUGGACAGCUGGAAUUAUCAUAUUUAAGCACAAUAAAUAAACAAACAACUCUUUUGAACGAAUUUGACUUAAAAUAUACUUUAUCCUAAGCAUUCUACAAUGUAUAAAUGUAUCUUGUUGAAAUUCUAACUGUUUGUGUUGCAACGAAACAUAAUCAGGGUGGUCUUAUAGAAGUUGGACAGAGUGUACUUCAUAGACGGUCGUAGAGUAUAAUUAAGAUCUCUUGGAGAGAUUUUAAGUUUUCGUUAUAAAUAUUUUUUAUUGUAACUACUAGUAGAAUCACAACAUGAUUGAUUGACGGCAACUAACGGAAUAAAAAUGUAUUUGUCUAACAUGAGUCAUGGCUUACUACACUACAAUACUCUUCCUUAAGCAAUUAAUUUUAUGGCUCCACGACUUCGGUUCAAUUUAACGAGGGUUAACGGUUUCGUGAGCUCAUCAGCGAGUUGAUCUUCACUACUAACGUAAACGAUGUUGACCAUUUCUCUCUCCAGCGCAUCUCGAAUAAAAUGAUGCCAUAUAUUGAUAUACUUCGUUCUAGGAUUAUAUCCGCCAGCUUCAGCGACACAGAUGGUACUUUGAUUGUCACAGAGAAGCUUGAUAGGGCCAAUUUUUUGAAACUUCGACAUCAAUCCACUUCACCACGAUGCUUCCUGAACUGCUACUGAUAGGGCCAUGUAUUUAGCUUCACAUGUUGAAAACGCAAUUGUAGGCUGCCAGUUAUAGCACCAGGAAUCACUGCACCCUGUAGCUUCAAGAUGUAACCGCUCGUCGGUUUUCUGUCGUCCAAAGCUGCUGCCCAGUCCGCAUCGCUGUAUCCAACUUCUUCAUUAACAUCCUUCCUGUACGUCAGCUUCACUUCGCGGUUCUGCGGAGGUAACGGACUCCAGUGUUGCAUUCCAGGAUUGGAAUUAUAUCGGCUCAGCUGAUUCACGGCAAAUAAUCAGCUACAUUGGGUACACUGAGCCAAAUAUAUCAGACUACCGACUGCUUCCUGAUACGGGGUGUUGGCUAUCUGAUUCGUCUCGUCAGGGGUUUUUGUUGACAUUUCCUUGUUCAGCUUGUCAGUCAUCGGUGUCUUGGCUGGUUUACAGCUUUCCAAGUUGAAUUUGGCCAAAAUUUUAUUAAAACACGUCAUCGACGUAUACUGCCACGUAUAUCAUCCGCCGUCCAUCGAUGUGAUAAUAAACGCAGGGGUCGUAGUUCGCUUGUGUAAGGUCAAAUUUCUUCAGCAUCGAGUCCAGCUUGUUGUUCCAGACUCGACUUGACUGCUUGAGUCCGUACAACGCCUUGUUCAAGCAGCACAAGCAGCACAAGUAGCAAAUAUUUUUAGGAUCCUCAAAGAUUGGGGACUGCUCUAUAUAUAUAUAUAUAUAUAUAUAUAUAUAUAUAUAUAUAUAUAUAUAUAUAUAUAUAUAUAUAUAUAUCUCUUCCUCCAGGUCUCCAGCGAACUGUAGUGGACGAUGGGGGAGUUCGUUUCGUCAUAAUCUACCCUUUUUCGCUGCGAAAUACCUUUAAUCACCAACCUCGUUUUGUAUCAGUCUACAUUUCCGCUCGCAUCAUACUUAGUCUUGAACCCCCAUUUUAUCGCCUUCCAGGAGUUCCAGGAGUUCUACCAGGUUCCAGAUACCAUUGCUGAUCAACGCAUCGUACUCCUCCUGCAUGGCUACGUUCCAUUUCUCGGCAUCAGAACGCGACAUCGCUUCUUGUGGUAUAACAGGAUCACUUAACAUAUUAAGGACCGCAAAGAAAUAUGCAGAACAUACGCCUGAGACCGAACGUUUUGGGGCAAACUUGUACGCUUCAUUUGUUCGGAUUCCAUGAAUGAGAUCGUUUCCUUCGGUGUGGAUGAGACGAAGGCGAGCUAUCGGUAGGCCUUGUUAGAUUCUUGGCAGACCAAGGAUUUAACCAUCAAGUGUAGAAAACACGGGUUAUUUCGGGAUACAUCCGUAACAGUCGAAACGCGAAACACGAGAAAACUCGUGAGCUGUCCUUAAUUUGUUGAGAUGCCGUCCGCAUCGUCGAUCUGUUGAAUCGCCAUUCCACUGAACUGGCUCCGCAACUUGCUCAUAAUCGUGUUGCGCGUCUACUCGCUGGGGGCCAGAUUUGGAGAAUACAGUGGAUGCGGAAGCAAUUCGAAGCUCAAUUCAUGCCAUUUUGCUAUCGUUUUCAUUGAUUUGUGAUUAUUCCAUUUUUUUCACAAUAACAAAAGUUGCUUCACUCUCAAUGCUGUAACUCACGAACCAAUAGACCGAUUGCUGUAAAAUUUUGACACGUAUCCAUUGAAAGAUGGUGCUUUGUGAUAGUCAAGUAGAUUUUUUGCAAGAGGCGCCAUCUAGACGUCAAUCUUAUGAACUUUUCAGCAGAACUGUUAUAAGGAGUUUUCGUCCCUUUCUCUCCCAUUGCAUUGGCUGGUGGUGAUGUCGAGCGGGCGGGGCAUGAGUUUCUGUUUUGUUCGCGUCACAAAUUCGAAACUUUCCGCUUAGCUCGGAAAGCAGACAUGUCAGGACAUGUUGGGGCGCGAACUACAGUCUUUGAUGUAACCACGGAUCGUUUUGGCAAAAUCUAAUGAGUAGUGUUUAUUAGUAACACUUCAACGAAUAUACUUUUUGUCUUGAAUAAUCUCUAAGCCAACUCGAUAAUGAUAUCAAAUGUAAAUUUUAUUUCGAAAUUUUACAAAAAAAAAACUGAGAUCUGCAGCUGUUUCAAGCUGCUGAAUAUACGUUCAUAGACCGUAAACUAUAAUGCAUACAAACCAUGCGUUCGUAUCUUUCCACAUCUCAAGUCAGCAUUUGUCUGUCAGUAACUAACUGAAGCUAAAGUAAUCUUGAUCAGUAUUAUAGUUUUCUUGAAUGAUGACAAUUGUAAUUAUCAAUUAUGAGAUUAUCAAACAAAAGGGGGUGGCCAUACAACAAAGGCAACAAACGACAAAAAAGCAUCACGAAUGAGAGUAGUCGAAAUAAGUAAACCAACCAAGCAAUGAUGUACGUCCACUUCUGUUGAACACAUAACUAGUAAAACUCGAUUGCAGUUUGAUGUGCUGAUGUGCAGCAGGCAAACACGAAUUAUACAAUGAAAUCCAUUCCAUAUAAACUAUACACACACAAGUUGGAGCAAAAAAGAGCAUGUAAGGUAGGAAUAAAUGUAGAACUGAGGAAACUGGUGAAAUAAAAACGAUGAAACGAAGGCGAAGAAUUAAGAAAGCACACAAACUAAAGAAAAAAUGUGUGAAAAAAUAAAGACAAUUAGUACACCGUCAGAUGAGUGAAUGAGGUUAUCGAUGCAUAAUGUUAUACAAUUCAAAUACUUCAUAAAAGCAUGACAGAAAAAAAAGCAAAUUCAAUUUUAAUGAAACAUAAAAGAGUUAUAAAACUGGUCGUGAAUCAAAACCGUACACAGAGAAAACAGAAUAAGUAUAAAUUGGUAUCGAAUAAGAUAAAUAAUUGACUAGUGUAGUUAUAUAUUAGUUAGGUAAUUCAUGCAAAUUAUAUUGUACAUAUUUUUAUAUUUUGAA